AUGGCCCCCGCCGGCGGAGGCGACGAGGUGGGAGAGUCCGGCGGACCAUCCAAGCGCCGCCGAGUCGAGCGAAGUGCUGCUGGUGGUGCGAAAGAAGGUCAGAGUCUUGGGGUGGAAUCUGGAAGCGGAAAGUGCAAAGAUCCAGUUAUGUCCAAAGAAUAUUUGGAGGUGAGGUGCGAGGAUUCUCAGAGGAUUAUAAGGGAGAUUGAAGACUUGAAGUCUGAAGUAGAUGAGGAUUUGCGACAGCUUGGAUACUGCGAGGAGAAUGAGAAGCUGAGAGCUGAGCUGGCUGUGAAGGUGAAAGAGAGGCAUUGCCUGAUGAAGCGGAUUGAGGAGCUGGAAGCUAAGAUUGACUUCCUGAGGAAGCGGACUGAGGAGCUGGAAGCCAUUAAUGAUGGCCUGCCAAAGCGGAACGAGGAGCUGCAGGCCAAGAAUGAUGACCUAACGAAGCAGAACAAGGAGCUGCAGGCCAGGAAUGAUGACCUAACGAGGCAGAAUAAGGAGCUGCACCUCCAUAAGAAUGUAAGCUUUAAGAAGAAGGUUAUGAGCGCUGACUCCAUUCAAGCCAAUGAUGCUGAACUUGCCACUCAAAAAGAAGAGAUUAAAUCACUGAAGGCUUAUCUGGGAGAGGAGAGCUAUUCAAAGAAAAAGGACUUUUGUCGCCAGAAAAUCGAAGAUGGGGAAAAACUUGAGAAGCCUCUGAGGGCCACAAAAGCUAUAUUGAAAGUCAUAUCUGCUGAGAAAGAGACUACUGAAGAGAGUCUAAAGAUGGCUGAUGAGGGAGAAAGUUCUUCUGAUGAGUUGCAGUCUUCUAAUAAUGAUGAAUCUCGUUCUUCUGGUACUGGUGAUGAUAAUACCACUGAUGAGGAUGGGAGUGACAGCGGUGAGAGCACCAGAACUGAAUCCUUAACAUUCAACACUCAAUUUUCAAUGCAUAAGUUGACGAAACUGAUAUGUGCUCUUACUGAACCUCAGAAACGGCUGAUUGAUCAAUGUGGGUUUGGUUCCAUACUUAAGCUGAAAUGUAGAAACAUGCCUUAUAAGCAGCUCAUUGUCUGGUUGGCAAGGUACUAUGAUGAGAAGACACAGUGUAUCAAAAUUCUAGGGACUCGUGCAUUCAAGAUUGAUGCUCUGACAGUCCAUUGGAUUCUUGGAAUUCCUCAUGGUCGAGCUAAGAUAAAAGCAAGAGCUUCUCAGGAGGUCAAGUCUGUUAUUGCUAAUGAUACAACUCCAGGACCGUUAGCACCAAAGAUUCAAGAUCUUAUUGCCAUGAUUACUCCUGAGCUUGUGGGGGACAGAUUUGUUAGGAUCUUCAUGUUAGUAGUCCUCUCUAUAUUUCUGUGCCCGACCAGUUCGACCAGAGCCAGCUGUCAUUACUAUGAGGGAAUCCGUUUAGUAAAAAAGAUCAAGUCUUAUGAUUGGUGUGAUGCAGUGAUGAGUUCUUUGAAAUCUGGGCUUUCUAAAUUCCAAAAGUAUGUGGGUAAAGGGAAUACUUGUGAGAAAGCGACUUUGUCUGGUUGCAUUUUUGUCCUAUUUACUGCCUACUUUGAUUAUCUGGGUUCAGAGAUCAAUAUUGUUCCGCAGACUAUACCUCGUAUUGAUGCUUGGACUGAUGAUUUUGUUGAUCAGUAUAUGGUACUUUACCCAAAAUUUAAAAAGAUGGAGAUUAAAAAAGUUGAAUGUACUGUUUUUGGGAAGACUCAUUUCAAUCAAAGAAGUACAAGAGAUUCCUGUUUUGAUGCUUCAAAUGAGUCACCUUCUGCAGCAAAUGUUGCUGGGCCAUCUUCACAACAUAAGACAUCUAAGAAAGUGAAAAAGCAGAGCACAAAGGGUCCUUCACAUACACUUCUACAUGAAAAUGUGCAAAUUGAUAGGUAUUCUGCGCAGAGAGUAAUUCCUGACUGUACUGAUUCUGGUUUUCGUGUUUUCUCUGGAGAGGAACUGCAUCUUGAUGUUGACAAGUAUAUUCGUUCUAUUGCUGGCACUGAUUGUAGCAAUGAGGUGUUUGUGAAUUUGAGGAACUUAUGCCAGUCUUUCUUCAAAGAUUCAUUUAGGAAGUAUAUUUCGUCUGUUGAGCCGGUUAUUGUGAGUCAGUCUUGUGCAUUGGUCAAAUCUUAUUUGUCUGGUCUUCAACAAUCUCACACUGAGAAAGUAUCCGGUGAUCCUUCUAAAGAGAAUGUAGAUGAUGAUACUUCAAGUGCAAAUACUGAUGGUUUUCUAAAAUUGUCAAUUCACACUGACAAAAUAGUUGGUGGUAGUUCAAAUUGGAAAGACCAUGAUGGUAGUUCAAAUCUGGAUAUUGCUGCCUCUGAAAAAUUGCCAAUUGACACUCAGAUGGGAGAUGCUAGUCCUUCAAAAGACAAAGAAGAUGAUGCUCCUUCAAAUCCAGUUGCUCAUGGUGAUGCAGCUGAUGACUUUCCUACAACCUUCCAUGUCCCAUCAAAACGUUCUGCAUGUCGUCGCUUACCUGCUCAGCCUACUGUUCAUGGCGCAUUUAGUGGGACCAAUUUGGACAUUCCUGAUGACUUCCCAACAACUUUUCAUAUAAGACGCUCUACGCGCCGUCGCCUAGCUGCUCAGCCUACUGGAGGAGCCGUGGAGUGGGAGGUCACAACUCACAAAACCCCCGUUCCCCACCAGGCAGUGGCAAGCAAGGCAAGAAAGCAAAACCCCUCUUCAUCUACGCCUUCUUCCUCUGGAGUAGCCAUGGCCCCCGCCGGCGGAGGCGACAAGGUGGGAGAGUCCGGCGGACCAUCCAAGCGCCACCGAGUCGAGCGAAGAGAUGGUGGUGCGAAAGAAGGUCAGAGUCUUGGGGUGGAAUCUGGAAGUGGGAAGAGCAAAGAUCCAGUUAUGUCCAAAGAAUGUUUGGAGGUGAGUUGUGAAGAUUCUCAGAGGAUUAUAAAGGAGAUCGAAGACUUGAAGUCUGAACUAGAUGAGGAUUUACGACAGCUUGGAUACUGCGAGGAGAAUGAGAAGCUGAGAGCUGAGCUGGCUGUGAAGGUGAAAGAGGUGCAUUGCCUGAUGAAGCGGAUUGAGGAGCUGGAAGCUAAGAAUGACUUACUGAAGAAGCGGACUGAGGAGCUGGAAGCCAUUAAUGAUGGCCUGCCAAAGCGGAACGAGAAGCUGCAGGCCAAGAAUGACGACCUAACGAAGCAGAACAAGGAGCUGCAGGCCGAGAAUGAAGACCUAACUAAGCAGAACAAGGAGCUGCAGGCAAGGAACGCCGGCCUGAACAAGGGGAAUGAGGAGAUGCAAGCCAAGAAUGAUGAUGACCUCCAUAAGAAUAUUAUGGAGAUUCUGGAAAUUCAGAUUGAUGCUAAGAGAAAGGACUUGCUGCAAUUCUUAGGGCUGUAUAGCAUAAUGGACUUUCCAUAUCCACAGCUUAAGUCGUCUGAUGAAGCCCUGUUGUCAGAAGGUAACAAGAUCGAGGCUUCUUCCGUUGUGGCUGCUGGUUCAGAUCCAAAAAUCCAGAUCAAAGCCUUAAUUUCUCAAUUGUUAAGCUUGACACAGCAGGUUGUGAGUGCUGACUCCAUUCAAGCCAAGGAUGCUGAACUUGCCAAUCAAAAAGAAGAGAUUAAGUCACCGAAGGCUUAUCCGGGAGAGGAGAGCUGUUCAAAUAAAAAGGACUUUAGUCAGCAGAAAAUCGAAGAUGGCGAAAAACUUGAGAAGGUUCUGAGAGCCACAAAAGCUAUAUUGGAACCAUAUCUGCUGAGAGAGACUGCUGAAGAGAGUCUGAAGGUAGUCCAAGCUGAACUUGAGGCAAACAAAAGCAGUCUUGCACAAGCUUUGUCUGACCGGGAUUCCGCUUGCCAAGUCACUGGAAAAAUGAAAGAAAACAUUACCGAGUUGAUGAAUGAAAUCAGUGAUGAUGAGGAGAAUCUCUCCUCUUAA